AUGGCCAUUCAGUUUAUCUUAUGUUUCAAUAAACAAGGAGUUGUUCGUUUGGUCAGAUGGUUCGACAUAUGUCAGGUCGAUUCGCAGAAGCCGCAAGAUAUGAUUGUACAAAUAUAUAGGCUUAUAUCGUCAAGAGAUCAUAAACACCAAAGUAACUUUGUGGAGUUUUCAGACUCUACAAAGCUAGUCUAUAAGAGAUACGCGGGCCUUUAUUUUGUAAUGGGAAUAGAUUUACAAGAUGAGGAACCGAUUUACCUUUCGCAUAUCCAUUUAUUUGUAGAGGUACUUGAUGCAUUUUUCGGUAAUGUUUGUGAAUUAGAUAUUGUUUUCAGCUUUUACAGAGCAUAUAUGGUUAUGGAUGAAAUGUUUAUAGGAGGUGAAGUUCAGGAAAUUUCUAAGGAGGUUCUUCUUGAGAGACUAAGUAUCUUAGAUAGGUUAAAUUAG